CUGGCCGCCAGCUCGCCAGCCAGUCGCGGUCCCCGCGGUCCGCCGAGGCUCAGAGUCAUCCAGCGACCCGGGGAGCGGCCUCAGGCCCCGCCAUGGGGAAGACCAACAGCAAGCUGGCCCCAGAGGUGCUGGAGGACUUGGUUCAGAACACCGAGUUCAGCGAGCAGGAGCUGAAGCAGUGGUACAAGGGCUUCCUGAAGGACUGCCCCAGCGGCAUCCUCAACCUGGAGGAGUUCCAGCAGCUCUACAUCAAGUUCUUCCCGUACGGCGAUGCCUCCAAGUUUGCGCAGCACGCUUUCCGCACCUUCGACAAGAACGGCGACGGGACCAUCGACUUCCGGGAGUUCAUCUGCGCCCUUUCGGUCACCUCCCGCGGCAGCUUCGAGCAGAAACUCAACUGGGCGUUUGAGAUGUACGACCUGGACGGCGACGGGCGCAUCACGCGCCUCGAGAUGCUGGAGAUCAUCGAGGCUAUAUACAAGAUGGUGGGCACUGUGAUCAUGAUGCGCAUGAACCAGGAUGGGCUCACGCCCCAGCAGCGUGUGGACAAGAUCUUCAAGAAGAUGGACCAGGAUAAAGAUGACCAGAUUACGCUCGAGGAGUUCAAGGAGGCAGCCAAGAGUGACCCGUCCAUCGUGCUGCUGCUGCAGUGUGACAUGCAGAAGUAGAGGCUGGUGAGGGGCAGGGCCCCUGGCCAGGAGGGGUGUGGCCACCUCCCAACCCAAUGACCUCUGUGGCUGGCCCUUCCCCAGGGGGAGGGGUACUCCAGCUCGCUCUCUGGCUCACCCACCCUCCUGCCCAAGCCCUUGCUCCCCUCAGUCAAGAUCCUUGAGGGACCACCUCACCCUGGAAAAAAAGACAGAUCCUCAGGUAUCCUGUCAUCUAGCCCCAUCCCCAGUCUUGGCCCAGAACCAACACCUACUGGGCAUAGGGGCGUUAACUUUUGCCCCAGGAGGCAGGGUUUAGGAGGGGGGCUGAGGUUCUGCUUUGAAAUUCUAUCCUUCUCGGGAUUUUGCUUUCUAAGACUGGUCCUACAGACCUCAGUUAAAGGGCCAAAUUGGGUCUGUCCUUUGCUGAGGACCCAGAUCCCUUAAAGGUGGUCUCUGCCCUGCUCCCUCGACUCUACCUGGCCCCUCUGGCCCCAGCCUUUGGAGCAUUUCUUCAGUCCUUUCUUCAGCUAAUGUUUAUGGAGCACCUGUCCAAUGCCAGGCAGCUCUAGGCGAUAAGGAUAUGGUGGUUUACAAGACACAUAUCAUGCCCUCUGGAAGCUCAUAGGGCAGUGAGGCAAACUUCCAGUGGUCAGAGCCUCAGCCAGGGAUAUCGAGCACAGCUGAGCAGAAAGUGUGGCCGGGCUGGUUAAGAGGAACUAUUAAAUCCUUCAGCUCAGUGUCACACAGAGCAGCUACAGAGGAUGAAAUGAAUAGUGUUUGGAAGUCUAGGAAGCAUGUGAGUGGAAGUUUUACAAAAAAUUGAAAUUUAUGUAAUGCUUAUUUUUUUAGUACCCUUUAAAAGAGCUAAAGUUGUUUUAUUAGUUUAGGAUAUUAAAACAUACUUUAUAUUACUUGGUUUCUUGUAAAAUGAUUAAAUGAAUAUAGAAAAUGCUGAUAUUCAGGGAAAAAGAAGAGCUGAGAAAAAAGAGAGAAAAUACCAUGAAAUUUACCAAAUAAGACUUUUUCUUAUCAAGCGAAACCCUGAGCUGUCACCAUCAGCAGUUUCUGCUGCUUCCUUUUUAAUGAUCUUUUUCAAUUCAAUGAGCAACUCUCUAUCGUGCACAUCUCUGGUUAGGUGCUGACUUCAGAAACAGAAAAAACAGGCUUUGCCGAGAAUGAGACAGGUGUAUUUCCCACAUCUUAGUAGAUCUUUUCUGGAUUUGGUCUAGUUUCAAGGAGGGGCUUGUCCUUUCACUGCUACGGAAGAGAAGGAGCUGGAAGAAUAGGACCACCUGGCCUCUGUUUAGGCUACCAGGCUGCAUUUAUGAACCAAAUGCCUAAAAAUGUGCAGGGCAUGCUGCAUUUGAAAGGCUUUUCCUAACCCCCAAUCCUAAAUCUGCCGAGUAAUUCAUCAUCUUCCUAGUGCGCUGGCUUUGCUAUCCAAUGUCUUCUUCCUGAUUUUAGAUCCAUGAGCUAUACAGCUGCAUGCUUUGACUGCCAGAAAAUGAAUCUUGCUUCUUCAUCAAGUCUUUCACUUUACUUUCUCCUGUACUCGUGAUCAGAACUUAGCUUUGAUGUGCAGUGAGUUGAUUUCCUCUUGAACCGCUGGUGAGAACAGUCAGUACACAGGUGCUGUCAGCCCAGGAUGGGAGCAGGGGAUGACUGCUGAGUCCUGGGGGUGGGGGAUGGAUCUGUAGGAAAGAGAUGCGGCAUGCCUCUGACUUCUGAGUGCUCACCUGCCCUCCCUCUCUACAGGUGGAAACUCUUGGGGAUGCUGACCUUUGGUCUCAAACUCUAUUGAACCUUGCUUCUUGCUGCCCUUGGAGAUAGCAAGGCCACUGGGUUGCCACCCUCUUUCUGUCCUUCUCCCUAUGACCUGCCACAUGGUAAGGCUGGGGAAUUCACAUCCUCAGGCAGGAACCAGCAGUUUUUUAUCCAGUAAUGCCUCAAGGGAUGUUCUCUUGCUCUCAGGAGCUGGCCAUGGGGUGUGUCUUGAGCUGUCAGUCAGCAUCAGAGAUACAUAAAUACUCAACAGCUUGGCUCAGCCGAGACUUCCAGUGGAAGGCUUUUUACAAAGUGGGGUUCCGUCUCCCAAAUGGUGAAUCUAACCUAAUUCCCAAUUGCACAGAACUCCAUGACUUUCAAAGGCUUGCAAUCUACCCCGUCUCAUUCUAUCCUCAGAGCCUAGGGAAAUAGGGAUUUUCAUUCCCUUUCUGCAGACGUGGAAACUGAGGCACAGAGACGAGGAGUCCCUUGUACAAAAGCAGAUAAUCAGGAAGUGGCAUAGUAUCAAGACUUGAACCCAAGGCUCUCAGAGGGUUUCUUCCCUCCAGAGUCUCUUUCCUGCUCAUCUCUCUGACUCUGAGUUGUACCAAGGUUGACUGUGGAGCAGGCCAAGUCUUUUUACAAGCGCCCUGCUAAGAAGUUUCCGAGGUUGUGGUCUUCUAAAAAGAAAUAGGAACUUGAGUGAAGUCUCCACAUUUUCAAGCAUUUGAUUUUCUGCUUCUGGGCAGCUCUGCUAAUGGGUUAAUGCUGUCCUGGGAGGCCUCUGACUUAGAACCUUGGAAGCAUCUUAUGCUGUCUUUACUGCUGUCUUCCUUCCUAAGAGAACCGUUUUUGUUUUUUCCCUUCUGGUGGGCAAGUCCUACCCAUGAGGGUUGUGUUUGAUCACUCCAAGCUUCUGGACCUACCCCAGCAAGGAUUCUCAAACAGCCCAGCAGUGUGAACACAUAAUGCCACGCCAAGAACUGGGACCACUAUCUUGCCGAUGGGAGAAGCCACAGGCAGGCCGGGUCUUGCUCCCACAUUCUUCUGGGUGUCCCAGAGACUGCGUGCUUGGGAGCUCCUGUGGUGGAGCACCAGCCCUGCUGUGAGAAGAGAGGCAGGCCUCCCAUUCCUGCCCCAGCUGAAGGGACCUGCCACAAAGCACAAGGCUGGCAGAGAUUAAAGU